GUGACUCACGGCUCUCUGUUUUGAUUUCGCCGCAACGCAAUGGACUACUCUCCUCCACACGGCACGGCGAACUCAUCCAUGGACGACCCGUUACCGACCAACUCAUGCAUGGAGUGCACCCCUAUCCACACCCAUGAUGUUCCCAAGCGGCAACGAAACAGCUUGUCAGGGGGCGAAACUACCGGAGACGACACGUCACUCGACUGCAGUCAUUCGACGAAGGAGCAGGUUUUCGGCAUCCUGCCUAUUCCUGACUCAACAACACCCACCAAUACAGGAUCAGAAAAGUAUCCGACGAAUGAAUCUUCGUCCAUCGAUCUUGACACGGGCGAUCCAGUUGACUCCGAAGAGGACGAAAGCUCAACAGAGGGGAGCGACGAUAUCGCUAUGCCGUCCCCCUCUCCUUCGGAUCGAUCGUCUGUGUGUUCGCGUCUUGCAGGUGCCUGCCCCUCCAGCGGGUCAGGUCACAUGGCAAGACAUGGCGGGUCGCUGGUUACUCCGUGCUACCACCGAUGGCUUCAUCAGUCUCGUCGAUAUCUCUUCACCGGACCAAGCUCAUAGUGUUUCUCGAUGGAAAGCGGACUGCCUUCCAUCCGAGCACUUUGCUGUGUACUCGGGUACCGUCAUCGCGAACGUCGAUGAUGAGUUUUCCUUGAUCGUAUCAUAUGAAGACAUCCUCGCAAGCUCGAUUCCCCCCCUGCCGUUCGAAGGGGCAGCCGAUCACGCCCUCUCAGCCCGUUUGCAGCUGGGCGUCAGCGGCUCUUGCCUGGGCAGCGUUCACAACAACCUUGCUCAAACUCUGGCAUACAACGGCGUGUGGUCCGUACAUGGAAUUCGCGACGGAGAUGUGGACUUGUGCAUGUACGAUUGGAAUGAAAAUGGGUAUGUCAACCUCAACGUCGAUCAUCAGGAAACCCUGUUGACUGCCGAGUUCACUGAGCACGAGGUGAUUGUGGGCACGACCGCGGCUAUUUAUGUCUUCCAGCUCUGCUCGAUCGAGGCAGCUCGUGUUCCGAUUGGGACGGGGAAGCAAGGAAAUCUUGUUUCCGCGGCCGAUCGCUUCGCCUUUUCCGAUCUACGCAUUCAUAAAGCUUGAUUGCUUGCUAUACGUCGGUCUCUGCGUUCCGAUGGCACUUGCCUAGCUGGGCUUGUACUAAAAAACAAACACGCAAUCAGUGCGUAUCACGUGCUGAAAAGCUCAUCUACGCCGUCUGGGUACGAAAUGCAGCGACGUUGGAGGAUCCCCGUCGAACCGACCGGAUUUACUUCUGCCUUGACCAUUGAUGAAGACUGUCAGCAUGCCAUUUGGCUGUAUCACGUCUCUCAUCUUGACGAUGAAGAGUUUGAUAUGGUCAAGAGCACUAUCAUGCAAUUGCCCCUCGACGCCGCCAACAGCGCGAACUCAGAGGCCAUCCGGGCGAUUCCUGUAUUCUGGGCGAAGUCAGAGUACCCCCUUCUCCACUGCGAUAUCAUUGCUGCGAAGAACCCGACACAGUCUAUUCUCGUUGCGCAGAAGUAUUCGACUCUUGCGUUUAUUCUGCAGUUUGGUGAAGAAGAAGGGGCGACAACCGGCAUAUCGACCCGGGACUCGUUCCCUGUAACGAACGAGCUGAAUCCCCUUCCCUCCGAAGGCUGCGACGAUCAGAGUCAGGAGUCGACAUCGAAGGAUCUCGCGUGGUCCGAUCCAAGAGGGUCAAAUUCCUGGGCCAUGAAGAACGUCAAAGCUCUAAACACGGUUGAGCUAGGAUCGGUCAUUAAAUGGGGCAUAGACAUGCGGUAUUGCCCAUCACCGUCUUUGGCACGUAGAAGAGGUACGCGCGUGAAGCUGGAGCUCAACGAGAUGCCAGAGCAGUACAGUUCCAAUGCAUCGAUCACGCAAUCGUUCUUUUUCCAGGCUGGCGACAGCGCUUUUGGGGCAUUGGUACGGGGUUAUGGAGUCCCAGGAUUACCUUCACCAUCGGGUUAUUGCGUUCCAGGCAUUGGGAUGUUGGCUGGCAUUCCUUUCGACGGCUAUUCCCUAAUCUAUGACAUCGAAGAAGGCGAGUGGCCGUGUGAGUGGUCCGUCGACGUGUCCACACGGAUGGAUGGAUCCGGCAUUCUCUCACCCUCGACUCCAAUCCCGCCAUGCUGCCAAAUCAACAUGGACAAUAUGCGCGGAGAUAGAGCUCGAGCCCUCGACCAGGAGGAUGCAGUUCGCUUCAAUGAUGCGAACAAGAAGAUAGCAGCUCUCUUUCGUUUUGGCUUGAACAAGACCACGUAAAACGUACUGAGGCACUCAUAGACAUUCGUCAACGAUUGAGGACUCCCAGCAUUGUUCAGCGGGUGGUUGCAUAUUUAUUGAGGGGAGAGGGCAGGUUUUCCCUGAGGCGAGCACUCUCGUUCACAGCUUUACGUUCGCUCUUGCUCAGCUUCUUGUACGGCACUCCCUUCUUGUAGGGUGAGCAUUGUGGAGGACUUGCAGGGGUCAAAGAGUGCCGAUCAAUAUUUGCAGUAAGAACGGUGAUUAGGCCUCCUACUCUCUUCGAAUCUUUUCAGCUAUGCUCGCCAAGCAAGUGUUCCAUAAUCGUUCCAUUACCGGGUUAUCGCUCGAUCACCAAAUAAAUCGCUGAAUCCUGACGUGCAUGUAUACAGGCGACGUAUAUCAUGUUCGAGUUGCUGAGACUGCUUCGAAUCAACCUUGGCAACUCUUUUGGCAUUCACAAACAGACCGCGAUCGUGUUCGGUGACCGGGACGCUGGCCCGGGACAACUUGUGGAGAAUGGCCGAAGGGUUAGCUGGGGUCGCUCUGUCACCUGGCCAAGUCAAACACCUACUUCAUUGUUCUUGGUCGAGAUGACAGUGAUUAUCACUUUGGAAUCCUCAGAGGUGAUGGUCCUGUCUAUGGUAUACUGAGAAGAUGCAGACGACACUUCCUGGCGGUGGGCAGAUUUGACAGCAUUAAAGAUAUAGAAGUUGGUUGGGGCGCUGAUUGCAUUUACGCCCGGGUUUCAGUGCAAGACUGAUUCUCGGAUGAGGUUGAAGCGAGGUUGACAGGGGAGUGGAUUGUUUGUGUAUGCUUUUCCAAUCACAUGUUAUUGC